CGCGUGUGUUCUAAAGGCCAACCACAUGCAAUGGCGCUGACUUCAUGGAAAUCCUUCAACUUCUUCGCCGUGACAAGUGUCCGCGCAGCUGACGAGCCCGAAAAUGCUCCGCCGCCAUUUGAGGGCGUGGACAUAACUUCACUCGCCGCCGGCUCCGACAACCUCUUUCUCGGCACGUCUGACAGUAAAGUACACGUCGUCAACUCCUCGUUCAAGAUCAUCCGCACCUUCUCCACGGCGGAAGCGGGGUUCACACAGGGCGGCGGAGCCAUCACGCACCUGAAACAGAUCGAGGGAACGUCAUUACUCGUUACCAUCAGUGAGGAUUUAUCCUCGGAGCCCGUUCUGAAAGUCUGGGCGCUCGAUCAGAUCGAUAAGAAAACUGGCGAUCCGAGGUGUACGAGCUCGCUCACGAUUACGAAUGGGAGGAAAUAUUUUCCAACGACAGCUUUUGCGGCGAUUCCUUCGCUCGCGCUGUGUGCGGUCGGCUUCGCGAAUGGGACAAUUACGCUGAUACGCGGCGAUCUGGUACACGACCGUGGAUCGAAACAGAGGAUUAUUUUCGAGUCCGAGGAGCCGAUUACGAACCUUUGCUUUUCGCCGCCUGUGGAUGGUGGGAAGGGACAUCGAGGGAUUCCAGGCAGCGAGGGGGGAGAAACUCUCUACGUCUCUACCACGGCGAGGAUCCUUACACUCAUUACGCUGGGGAAGGCGAGUCAUCCGGCGAAGGUGCUCGAGUCGCAGGGCUGCGGAGUGGGUUGCAUGACCCCAGCGCUGGACCUUACGUCCGAUGAGCGAGGAUUAGUCCAUGAGGGAGGCGAUAUCGUGGUCGCUAGAGACGAUGCGCUAUACUUCUAUGGGCCGAAUGGGAGAGGCGCUUGCUACUCCUACGACGGGCCGAAGCAAUCGGUGAAGGUGUUCAAAAACUACAUUGCACUCGUGCAGCCGCCGGCUUCGCGGCCAUCAACUGCCAUGGCAACCGGCAAAGGACAGGGUGUUUCGGAUACGCUCAGGCGGCUGGUCGGAAAGUCACCUGUGAAUUCAGCAUCCGAUGAGUUGUUUGAGACUACGAAGUUUACGUUGCUGGAUACGGAACUCAAGUUCAUUGCGCACUCGGAGAGGUUGAUUUCGGGUGUGAAGGAGAUGUUCAUCUCCUGCAAUGACUUUUUCGUUCUCACGCUGGACGGGAAGCUUUACCGGUACCAUGAAGUCGGUUUGCAGGAAAAACUCGAUAUUCUCUACUCAAGGAAUCUGUAUGUUCUCGCCAUCAACCUGGCCUCGAAGGCUGGCAUCAAGGAGUCGAAAUUGCGGGGUAUCUUCCGGCGGUAUGCAGACUAUCUCUACGGCAAGGGAGAUUACGACGGCUCGAUGCAGUGGUACAUCAAAUCCCUCGGCCCAGCAAACGAAGAAGGCGUCAGCACCGUCAUCCGCAAGUUCUUGGAUACCCAGCGAAUCCACAACCUGAUUGAGUACCUCGAAGAGUUACACAAGCACGAUGCCGCGACAUCCGACCACACAACGCUACUGCUCAACUGCUACGCGAAGCUAAAAGAUAUCGACAAACUUGAGGCAUUCAUAAAACAGUCCCCUGAAGAAGGCCUCAAGUUCGAUGUCGACACGGCGAUAGGCAUGUGCAGACAGGCUGGAUACUACGAGCAGGCGGUGUAUCUCGCCGAGAAACAGCAGGAACACGACAUCGUCGUUAGCAUCAUGGUCGAGAAUCUUGAGAAUAUCAAUGGUGCUCUCACUUAUAUCCAGAGACUCGACCCUGACGUCGCGUAUCCGAAUAUGAUGAGGUACUCUAGGGUGUUCCUGCAGAAGGCGCCGCAGCCGACUACGGAAAUGUUGGUGGAGUAUUAUAGUGGCAAAUAUGUUCCGCGCACGAAGCCAGUGCUCGAGACUACUGAGCCGCAGCAAAGGGAGAAUGACGGCGGCUUCCAGUCGUACUUGAAUACCUCGCUGCUUCAGCAGCUGCCGUACAUGGGUGGCAACUCACAAUCGAACACUCCAACCCGAAAUGGUGGCUCGGCCUCGGGAACAGCACCGACGGAGUCGCCAGGAGAAGGUGGAACUGUGCCACUUGUAUUGCCAAAGCAGUACCCGCUCCCGAAGCCACGCACAGCGUUCUCAUCGUUUGUGGAUCAUCCGGCCGAGUUUAUCGAGUUCCUUGAACGGAUCGUACAGGAUGGAGAGAGCACUGGGAAACUUGCCGAGAAUGAUAGGGUUGAUAUCUACAGCACGCUGUUUGAGAUAUACCUGCACAGUGCGAACGCCACGAAGAAUAAGGAGGAGAAACGGAAGUGGGAGGCCAAGGCGAAAAAGAUUAUUGAGAGCAAAGAGGCGCUGGUAGAUACAUCCAACGUAUUGCUGCUCUCCCAUUUAGCAGAUUUCAAGGACGGCACCACCCUCGUACGAGAAAAGCAAGGCCUCCGCUUCGACAUCUUCCGCUCAUGCUGUUCUGCCGGUGACACAGCCGGUGCAGUCCGGGCACUCAAGAAGUACGGCUCCGAAGAACCGGAGCUCUACCCCGCCGCACUCUCAUACUUCACUAGCUCGCCGAAGGUCCUCCGCGACGUGGGCGAAGAGGAGCUGGAGCGCGUCCUCAAGGUCAUCGACGAGCAGGGCCUGAUGAAACCUCUACAGGUAGUGCAGACACUCAGCAGCAAUGCCGUCGCCACAGUAGGAAUGGUAAAGCGCUACCUCGGUGAUACCAUUGAGCGGGAGCGACGAGAAAUUCAAAAUAACCGCAAAAUGAUCGAAACCUACCGCUCGGAAACGACAAAGAAAACCUUCGAGAUCAGUGAACUCGGGUCGAAACCAACCGUCUUUCAAGCGCAGCGCUGUCAGGCCUGUAGUCUAACCCUGGAUCUCCCCACAGUGCACUUCCUGUGCAAACACUCGUUCCACCAACGGUGUCUCAACGCCACAGACGGCGAGAACCUCGAGUGUAUUGCGUGUGCGCCAACCAACCAGACCAUUCGCACGCUCAAAAGGAGCCAGGAUGAGGCGGCGGAGAGACACGAUUACUUCAAGAGUACUCUUAGUGACGGCAAGGAUAAGUUUGGAGUCGUGGCGGAUUUCUUCGGGAAAGGGGUCAUGGCAGCGCCGCCGCCGCUUGGAUAGGGAUAGUGAGACGCAGAAGAGGCGGUGUAAUGACAAUUUUACGAUGCUAUGGUUGAUAUCUGUUUUCACGCCCAUGAGUUAUUAGGAAUGUAUGUAUAUAAGUCAUAGAUCGUUCUAAUACCUACCACAACUCCCCCA